GGGAGUCUUCCUGUAGAUAUAUGUCGUCGUCUUGCAAAAAUAAAGAGCAUUUCAAUCAUUUCCAACCACUUGAGUGGUCAAAUUCCAACAGGUUUGUCUAACUGCACAGAAUUGCAUGAUUUUUCAUUGUCAUACAAUAACUUCAGUGGAACCAUUCCACCAGAAAUUGUAAACUUGGAGAGGCAUGAGCUCUUAAAUCUCGGGGGAAACAACUUGCACGGCACAAUUCCAGCAAAGAUUGGUAAUUUACGAAAGUUGCAGCAAAUACAAGUGGAGAACAAUCAAAUUGUGGGUUCAAUACCGCGCACCAUAUCCAACCUAUCAUCACUAUGGGUGAUUAAUUUGAACACAAACUAUUUAUCAGGUGUUAUACCCAGAGAGAUUGGGAAUCUUCACAAAUUGGAGACACUUUAUUUGCAAUUUAAUCAAUUAAGUGGUAAUAUACCAGAAGAGCUCUUCAAUAUCUCUACACUUACAAGGGUUUCUCUCCUCUCUAACCACCUUUCGGGUAGUCUUCAAUAUGCUUCAAACUACUGGCCAACAAAUCUAGAGAUUUUGAAUCUUGGUGUAAACAACAUUGGUGGAGUUUUACCCACCUCAAUCUCCAAUUCCUCAUAUCUAAUGAGAUUAUAUCUUAAUGGUAACAAAUUCAGUGGUCAGAUUCCUAACUCAUUGGGGGGUUUGAGGCAUCUUGAACAUCUGGACUUGUCCAAUAAUAACUUAUUAUCUCUGCACCUAAGUAUCUUAACUUCAUUGACAAACUGCAGAUCAUUGAAAGAAGUUUACUUAGACCAUAAUCUUCUCGAUGGUGUUAUUCCAGAUUCCAUUGGCAAUCUCUCCACUACCAUUAUGGAAUUUUAUUUAGACAGUUGUGAAAUAAGGAGUCAGAUACCAUUAGGAAUUGGGAAUUUAAGUAACUUAAACACUUUGUCCCUAACCCACAAUGACUUGACUGGAUCAGUGCCAACAGCAUUAUGUAAUUUACAUAUUCUUCAAAGGGUAGCAAUUGAGGAUAAUAGGUUAAGUGGACCGUUGCCCCAGUGCCUUUGCAAAUUAUCAUCCUUGGGCAUGGUUGAUUUUUCUAAUAAUAGGAUUUCGGGUCCGGUACCGUCUUGCAUUGGUAAUGCAACCUCUUUGAGAAAUGUUUAUCUAAAUUCAAAUAGGAUCACUAACAUACCCAUGAGUCUAUGGAGCCUCAAAGAUCUUUUGGAUCUUAACUUGUCAAAUAAUUCCUUGGUUGGUUCUAUACCUCCAGAGUUAGGAAAGUUGAAAGCCAUAGCAUCCAUAGAUCUUUCCAGGAAUCACCUUUCAGGAAGUAUUCCCUCCACAAUUGGAGACUUGCAGAAUCUAUUUUAUCUUUCGUUGGCUUAUAAUGAGUUACAAGGAUCUAUUCCGGAGUCACUCGAGAAUACGAUAAGUUUGGAAUCAGCAAAUCCAUCCAAUAAUUUUCUUUCAGGUAUGAUUCCAAAAUCAUUAGAGUCACUUCGACAUCUGAAGGAUCUCAAUGUAUCAUUCAAUAGAUUAGAAGGUGAAAUCCCAAGUAAAGGACCUUUUCUCAAUUUCACCUCUCAAUCUUUUAUGGGAAAUGAAGGGUUAUGCGGCGGUUUAGUUUUCCAACCUUGUAUGACUAGGUCUUUUCAUCAUUCAAGGAAAAGCAAACUGCUUUUGAUUAUACUUGUCUUCCUGGGAGCUGCAGUAGUGGUACUUGGCUCAAUCGUUGUGUUUAUGUUAAGGAGACGUUGGAAUAGAAAUAUUCCAACUCAAGCUGAAUCCUUUACUGCAACAACACUAGCCAGGAUUUCAUACAUUGAAAUUGAAAGGGCAACUCAAGGGUUCGACCAAUGCAACUUGCUAGGCACUGGAGGUUUUAGCUCUGUUUAUAAGGGCAUGUUUGCAAAUGGGAUGACUAUGGCAAUCAAAGUGUUUAAUUUACAGAUUGAAGGUGCGUUAAAGAGUUUCGAUGCUGAAUGUGAAGUUUUACGCAACCUUCGUCAUAGAAAUCUCACCAAAGUUAUCAGCAGUUGUACUAACUUGGAUUUUAAAGCAUUACUUCUUGAGUAUAUGCCCAAUGGAAGCCUAGAGCUGUGGCUACAUUCUGAUGAUCGCUUCUUGAAUAUGAUCCAAAGACUAGACAUAAUGAUCGAUGUUGCAUUUGCUUUGGAAUAUCUCCAUCACGGUUAUGAAACAGUUGUUGUACAUAGUGACCUGAAGCCUAGCAACGUCUUGCUAGAUGAAAAGUUGGUUAUGUGAGUGACUUUGGCCUGACCAAGUUAUUAGGAGAAGGGGAAUCAAUUGCUCAUACUAAAACACUUGCCACAAUGGGCUACAUUGCACCAGAGUAUGGAUCAGUUGUAUUAGUUUCUAGAAGAUGUGAUGUGUACAGCUAUGGCAUUAUGCUCAUGGAAACUUUCACAAGGAAAAGGCCAUAUGAUGAAAUGUUUCAAGAAAAUUUGAACAUGAGGAGUUGGGUCUGUAAUUCACUACCUGUAGCACCAGAUGAUAUUAUUGAUGACACCUUAUUGCAACCUGAAGAGAUUGAUUUCAACAAAAAGUUGUGUUGUGUGACCUCUAUUUUGGAGUUGGCAUUGAAUUGCACAGCUGAAUCUCCUAAUGAGAGGCUCAACAUGAAAGAUGUCCUGGCAAAUAUCAAGAAGAUCAAGCAUGAAUUUCUAUGCAGAUGAUGUAACAAGGUUUAUGCAAUGGUAGUGCCGCCUUUUAUGCCUGUCGUUGGCAAAUUUGGGUGACACCAAUUGAGUUGCCAACAAAGAUUUGGUCUGAGAUUCGGACUUCUCUUAUUUCUUGUGCCUUCCUCUUGUGCAUGUUUCAAGUUUGAGUAUGUUUAUGUAACAAAUCUAAUAUAUAAGAUGUGUACUAAAGUAUAAUACCGGUGAUCAUGAAUUAUUAUUGAGAUAGCAGCUUGAAUAGUCUAUGAAGAGCAGUAAAAUGUUGAACUA